AUGGCGCCCCCUCAGCGGGUUCCCUCUUCCCCGCCGUCCUCAGCGGAACUGGUAAGGGCUCACAUUGCCGUCAGCGCGCUAAUGCUCACCCCGCAGCAGCGCUCGCUCGUCCUGGAUUACCUCUGCCAUAGCGGCUACGUCAACACCGCCCGCGCCCUUGCUCGCGGAUGCUCCCCGCGCCUUGACGCAGAUGGAGACGAGAUUAUGAGUGCUACGCUAGACUCGGCGCCCUUACCCGAGGACGCAUUGCAGGAAGCGCGCAAACGCGAGGAGAUUCGUCGGCACCUUCUUCUGGGCGAGGUCGACGCGGCGACGGACCUGCUCGCGCGCGAGUUCCCCUCCGUGCUGAGUGGGGAGGGGGAGGCGCCGGCCCCUGCAUCGUCACGGUCAACAUACGUGCCCCGCACAUCGGUCGACCCCGCACACCUCGUGCUCAACCUCCGCAUUCAGGCCUUCAUCGAGGCUUGCCGUACACGGCCUCCGCCUGGCUCGCCAGAUGCAGAGGCGACAGCUUCGGACGCUCCCCAGCCCACCCCGCGGCUCUCCGAGGAAGAACUGAUCGCGAAGGGCACGAAGCUGUAUGCUCUCGCGAAGCGCCUGCCCAACGCGCGGGACCGGCGCACAUACGAGGAAGAGCUCGGCCACGUCUCUGCCUUGCUGCUCUACCGACCGCCCGAGGACGAGCGCUCGCUUGCGAAGUACAUGUCGCAGGCACGGCGGGCAGCCGUUGCUGAGCAGAUCAACAGUGCGAUACUUUAUCGCAUGGGCCGGCCGGUGAUAUCGCGGCUGGAGUACUAUACGCGGUAUACGUCCACGAUAUGGUCGUUCAUGCACGACCUGCGCAUCAAGGCGAAACCUGGUGCACCUGUCCCUCCUACCAAAGCCGCCGACGGAGGUGCUCCUCAACAGGGCAAGGCGACCGUUCCCGAAGAGCAACCCGUACCUCAGUUCAGCAUCCAAGACUUCCUCGACGCCAGGUCGUAG